AUGGACGUGAAAGAGUCAACCAACAAGUCGGGAGAGCAGCAACCAUCGGACAAGCCAGAAUUUUUGAAUUCAUUCGAUCUGCCAGGGAUGCCACCGCACGUACUGCAAUUGAAAAUAGGUGUGACAAUUAUCAUGUUCCGAAAUAUCAACCAGCCAAAGCUUUGCAACGGCACGCUGCAUGCAGUAAAAAAAUUAUUAAUCAACGUCGUAGAAGCAACAAUCUUGACAGGACCUUUCAAAGGUGAAGAUGUCCUCAUUCCUCGCAUUCCCAUUAUUCCAACGGAUGUGCCUGUGGACCGAGACACUCGGUUUCGUGGCUUCUUGUGGGACUGCCACUGGAACUUGGACAGUCUGAGGUCGCUGCUCCUGCGAUGUGCUGCCAUGGCGCGCCACAGUGAAGGAGACUCCAGGGGUAACGAUAUUUGA